GCGCUCGCGCUCAUCUCAUGUUCGUACCUUCACACGUGCGCUGACUGGAAAAUCGUCCUGUACGCAUAUGCGAGUUUGGUACUCACCCCACCAACACUCAGGUUACAGACGCAAGACUAAAAGGUAAAACAAACAAAAAGACACACACAGUCACACACACACUGUCGAGCAGUAAUAUGGAAUUGAUAAGUUAGGAUUAAAUCGUCGGAUUGUCGGAUUAGUUUCUAUCAAGUAGUAAUUAACUAUUGUUUAUAAAUAAGUCGUCGCAGUAUUCUGUUUUAGUCGUUGAAGUAUAUUCUGAAGUUAUAUUUUGAGGUAUAAACAGAAUGGAAAACAAAAAGUUGACCAUUGUAAAAGUUUACCGAGCGACGGAAGAAGAUUGGAGAAAUCCCAACAUAUAUAUCGAUACCGAUCCCAGUGAUACGUCUUCUAACGAGUCCGAAGAUGAAUCUACCAAUAAAUUUUGUAGCCCAUUGAAUGCGUGCAAGGAAGUCUCUCGUGUAGAGAAUUCUAUGAAACGCGAUGAAAAACAAUUUCCGGUUGGAGAUGUUGCUGAGAUUAUAGAACCUGAAACGUUAUCUGCGAAGAAUUCGGAUUCUUUUCAUGGAUUUACGAACGUUCCUGAGCUACGGAAUUCGUCUUGUAAUUCAAAUGGUUAUUCUAGAAGAAUGAGGUCUUUUUACAAUCGUGAUCGCCAGCACAAUUCGCAUUCGCAAAAGGAAUAUCCUAAACAAUAUCGAAAAGAGCAGAAGACGUAUUCCAUGUCAAACGAUGUUAAACAACAAAUCGCUGAUUUAGAAAAUAGAUUACAUGCGUUGGAGAGCAAAUACCAAGAUUUGCAUAACUCAACUGCUGCUAAUUUGGAUGAAAUGAAAAAGAGUUUAAAUCUUGUAGAUGAGAAACUUGCGAGUGAUACUUCUAAUAAGUUUAGUUACUUGCAGCAUAUGGAUUCUUCAGAAUUGGAGAAGGUCGGAAGCGUUAUCGAUGAAAUGAAAAUCGCAAUCGACUAUUACAGAGAGUUAAAAAAGCAUGCUCAGCAGAUCGACAAAAAAAGAGAAUCGAACGCGAGUCAUUCGGCAAAAUGCACUUUUGAACAUAUUCCUCCGCAUUCUGAUUUCAUAUUAGAUGAAGGUAAUCGCGCUAUUGUUUACGUCAAGUCGAAAAUUUUCAAAGUAGGAAAAAACCCUAAAGCAGCAUUUGGUAUUUGGUGGUCGGUUGGACAUAAGGGAAAUACGUCUCGCGUAAUCGAUGAUAUCUCGGUGGCGACGGAUGAAGAUGAUGUUAAUCUGCAUGCAUUCAUAUGCGUUAUGGAAACUGCUAUUCGUUUUAAGGUGCAGCGUUUGUGUGUUAUCACUGAUACAAAAUACAUCAUCAACAGAAUGAUCGGCGCAAAAUCUCAGAAAGAUAAUAAUGGAUCACAAUGGAAAAUUCUUUCUACUCAUCCAACAGAUUUACAAAAUUUGUUUUAUUAUGCAUGCGACAUGACGACAUGGUUCUAUGAUAUCAAGUGGUCUUAUGUUGAUCAACCGUCGAAACUGCCUGGUAUGGUAGAUGCGUUGGAGCUGAUUAAUAAUCCUCAAUGUAAUUAGAUAUUGAAAACGUUCCUUCAUUUUUUAUGUAGUGUCAUACGUCUGGAUAAUGGAUUUUUCUAUUUUUUUUUUGUAUUUAUACCUUACUCCUUUAAUGUUGAGUUAUUGAAUUCGUUACUUAUUAUGUGUUUUCUGAAUUAUUAAGUUUUGCUUACUUACUCAGUGUAUAGAAUACCUACUUUUAUAUUUUCAAAGGCGUUAAAAAUUAUUGUUUCUUCGUUUUCGAAAUUUUGCCAUAAUAGUCUGUGAAUGUCUAUGGGGGGAAACAAUGAUUAUACACAUUUAAAUUACA